UAUGAUAAAUCAUAUUCACGUCGUAGUAUAUGUAUAAUAUUAAGAAAUGAAGAGAGAAGAAAUAAAGAAUAAGUCUUCCAUUACCAGACAAAAGUGUGAGAGGCGUUAGAGUAAAACGAAGCGAAGAGACAACGAACCAUUAUGAAACAACAUUGAACAAAGAGAUGGAUUUCUUCCAAGUGAUAAGAGAUAGAAAUGUUACAACUAGUGAAAUAGAAACGACGGGAUACUUUGCGAAAACGCCAGAGACACGUACACAAUAUAACGUGUACGAAUAUGACCAGGAGAGAAUUACGAGUGAAGCGACAAACGGUAUUCUGAAACAGUCUUCGAUCUACUCGGAAAGAUCUACGCUUGCAGACGAUAAUUCUUACGAAGAUAAAGAAUCAUACGAUUACGAGAGAAUUAAAAUGGAAUACAAACAGCAGCUGGAAGACGACGUGAGGGAAGGGAAAGUAUUGAAUUAUACCGAGAAAGAAGGGACAAAGAAUACACUGAGGCGAGCAUUGAAUAGAGUAAUGGAUUUGAAACGACCCAAGAACUGUACAAAGGAAGAAUUAAGUCAGAUUGGGAUUAAAGCGUUAGAAUGCCUUUUAUACGAUUAUCAGCGCACAAAAGACAUAACGGCUGCGAAGAUGGUCCUAUCGAGGACAUGGUUGGUCCUCAGAGUUUGGUUAUUAAUCUACAUUUGCUUAGCAAUUGUCUGCUGGUGUCAAAGAGGAUGGUGCUGCUGCUGUUUCCGCUGUAAAUUUUGUUUUCCGCGAAAAAGGACCGUAUUUAUCAAACAAUACUACGCGAUGAAUCCACCUGGCAUUUUUGUCAAGGAUUUAAGAAAGGGGAAACAAGUGAAAGAUGAGGCUACUGUUAAAUAUGAGGCUACUGAAUACGAAUACGAUGCGUACAAGACUCUUGAGGCUGCGAUAAGAAAUAUAUGAAUAUUUCGCGCAUCCGUUAUCCGCUAAUUGCAUAUAAUUUAGGAUAAAAAAAUCAGUGUUUGUUCGUACGUCGGUCAGAGCUCUUACGACACAGAAACAAAAACAUUUCCUUGGGCGUAUGAAUGAGAGAUAUGUUUGUAUUUCCGGACAAUGAUUGUACCAAUUGUAUAAUUGUUAAUUGUAGCUACAUUCAACGUCAUGAUUAUAUUCAACUUCAUUAAUAAUUUGAUAUGUGGUACUUUUUUACGCAGCAUCAAACGUGUGUUCAACCUAGACCUAAUC